UUAGACCUGGUUUAGUCCUGGUUUAGAUCUGGUUUUAGUGCUGGUUUAGUCCUGGUUUAGACCUGGUUUUAGUCCUGGUUUAAUCCUGGUUUAGACGUGGUUUAGACCUGGUUUAGUGCUGGUUUAGUGCUGGUUUAGUCCUGGUUUAGUCCUGGUUUAGUCCUGGUUUAGACCUGGUUUAGUCCUGGUUUAGAUCUGGUUUUAGUGCUGGUAUAGACCUGGUUUAAUCCUGGUUUAGACCUGGUUUAGUCCUGGUUUAGUCUUGGUUUAGUCCUGGUUUAGUCUUGGUUCAGUCCUGGUUUAGUCCUGGACAAUUGGGCUGCUGGACUAAUGGUCUGACGCUGAUUUUUCACGGACGCGGGCGGGUAACAGGUCUGAUGUUAUUGGGUCCGGGCAGGUGCAGAUUUAACUUUGAUAUAAUCACGGGUUAACAGGCGGGUGUGUCGCUGGACUGGGCAGGUGCGGGCAGGUGCGGGCAGGUGUGGGCAGGUGCGGGCAGGUGCAGGUCUGGUGUACUACCACAGGGCGUAUUUGGAAAUCCGAGAGCGAAACUAAGCACUGGAUUUGUUAUAAUCGUCAUACUGUAUCUUAAAGCUGCACUGUGUAAAUUUUUUGGUUGGGCGUUCGUCACCUGCUUGUUUCUACGGAUACGUCACCGCUCUGCCUGGAAUGUUCCACAGUGUGACUUUAAACAGCUCGACUUUACAUUUAUUCAGUCACAGGUGGAGAGCUAGGUAUUUAGAGCUCAAAAAUUCGUAGAAAAACAAACAUUCUGACUGUGAGCAGGGUCGCCUCUCCGCAGAUCUGACCUGGAACUUGCUCUGGUUUGGUCUCCAUGAAGAUAGAAAGGUUUAAUGCCCCACUGUGGAACAUUCCAGAUUCGAUUAUGGAAAAAAAUCCUUAUCACGAUUAUUUUGGUCAAUAUUGAAAUCACGAUAAUUCAAAUGAUUAUUUUUUAGUUACACGAUGCAUUUAUUCAGCAUUUCCCUUAAAAAACACUUUUGAAAAUAAAUAUCGACUACAAAUCUGAACCUUGGAGCAGUUUUGCGAUGUAUAAAACAUAAAAUGAAUCAAAUAAACUUUGGACAUGAAAUAAGGCAGAAAAAAAUAAAUGUGUCCAAAAUAAACUUUAUAUCCAGCUCUUCUACAAUCUCUACAUUUAAAAAAUAAAAUAAAUAAAUUUAUUUAUAUGAAAAAUAUCCCAAAAUAAACUUUGUUAAGCUUUAAAUCGUUUCAACUCGAUUAUAUGAGUUUGUAGUUUCUUUGACACACAAAUUGAAAUCGCGAUCAAAAUUCGAAGCAACAAAGCAUCUGACGGACGCUCCACACCAGAAAAGUUACACAGUGCAGCUUUAAUUUGGAAAGAGUAUCGAAAUAAAAACUGCAGGAUCGUGUUGAGCAGCUUAAUACGAACAUUUAAAAAACAAAAAAAUGACAAGAUUCACAACAGCAGCUACAGAGAGAGGUGGGACAGGUUUUUGAUGUAAAGUGAACUGGAGCCAGAGUCGAUGGAGCCGGAAGCGCGCCCAUGCUCACUUCCUGUUUAGAACGCGGCGGGUUUAGCGCGUGUCCGUUUGUUCACAGUCUGUGGCAGUAACCUUGUGUGUUGUGGCUCACGCAGGAGUGGUACUGGUCUGAGCUCACAGUCCAGAACAGGAAGGGCAGAUGUUUUGAAAACCAUCUCCGUCUCUGGUUCCUCCUGAGGAUGGACUCGCACACAAACGCUGCUCCAGACCAACACGACUUUGGUCCUAAACGGGCUUCAGGUCAGAGGUGGAACAAGUACUGCAGUUUAGUGAAGUAAAAGUACAAAUACUAGAGAAAAAAAUAAAGUAAAAGUGGUAAAUGUAUCACGUGGAAAAUCUACUUAAGUUAAGGUUUUAAAGUACCUGUUUAAAAAUGUACUUAAUGAGUAAAGUCCUUUGUGUCCUUCCUUCAUGUCCUUCCAUUGUGUCCUUUCUUCCUGUCCUACCUUUGUGUCCUUCUUUCGGGUCCUAUCUUCAUGUCCUACCCUUGUGUCCUACCUUUUUGGCCUAUUCGUUUCCUUUCUUGAUGUCCUUCGUUUGUGUCCUUCCUUCGUGCCCUACCUUUGUGUCCUUUUUUUGUGUCCUUCCUUUCUGUGUCCAUUCUUUGUGUCCUAUCUCUGUGUCCUAUUCGCCUCCUACCUUCGUGCCUUAUCUUCGUGUCCUUCCUUCAUGUUCUUCCUUCUUGUCAUACCUUCGUGUCCUACCUUUGUUUCCCUCCUAUGUCCUUCCUUCCUGUGUCCUUCCUUUGUUUUCUUCCUUUAUGUCCUACCUUUGUGUCCUUCCUUAGUGUCCUUCCUUCGUGUGCUUCCUUCAUGGUCUUCCUUUGUGUCCUAUUUGUCCUAUCUCUCUGCUACCUUCAUGUCCUUCCUUCUUGGUCUUCCUUUUUGUCCUUCCUUCACAUUCUUCCUUUGUGUCUUACUUUUGUGUCCUACCUUUGUGUCGUUCCUUUCUGUCUUUCUUUUAUGUCCUACCUUCGUGUCCUAUCUUUGUUUCCUUCCCGUGGCCUUCCUUCCUGUAUCCUACCUUUGUGUGUCCUUUUAUCCAUUAUGUCCUUCCUUCGUGUUCUACCUUUGUGUUCUACCUUCGUGUUCUACCUUUGUGUCCUACCUUCGUGUUCUACCUUUGUGUCCUACCUUCGUGUUCUACCUUUGUGUCCUACCUUCGUGUUCUACCUUUGUGUCCUACCUUCGUGUUCUACCUUUGUGUCCUACCUUUGUUUCCUUCGAAUGUCCGUCCUUCCUGUGUCCUUCCAUUUUUUGUGUCCUUCCUUUCUUUGUCUGUCCUUCCUUCCUUUGUCUGUCCUUCCUUCCUGUGUGUCCUUCCUUCGUGUCCUUCCAUACGUCCUUCCUUGUGCGUCUGUAUUUUGGAGUUUUCUUUUGAGAAUUCACCUCUACUUCUUGUAUUUUUGUAUUUUUAUUUUUAUUUUUUUCCGAAUGUUUUCCCACAAACUUCCACUUGAACUGACGUAAAACUCCGAUAAAUAUUCACCACACGUACUUUUCCACCAAACCUGAAAACCUGCGAUAUCCUCUUUCAAACGCAGCUCUGUGUGCGAGUCCGCCAUUUUGUUUGUUUACUAAAAAUAACGUUUUGUUUACGUGUUGGAAACGAAAACGAAACCUAAAGUUAAUAAACAUAACCUCAGUUCUAUGAGUUCCUGCUGACGUCUGGAAAAGGGCUGCACCAUAAAACGGAAACAUAACUUCACUUUAUCUCAAAAUUCUGCGGUUAUUUUGAUAAUUUAAGAUAAAAAAACAAAACCUCUCGUCUUUUUACAGAUAAGAACCGUCGCCGUAGCUCAAAUUUUUACAAACUGUUCUAAAAUUCAUGACGUCCUCGGGUUUUGUUUACCUGCUCAGAUUUCAGGCUUCUAUCAAAUGUUAAAGCUGCAUUGUGUAACUUUUCUCCAUGGACAUGUUAUUGCUUUGUCUGGAAUGUUCCGCAGUGUGGCUUUAAAGCUUUCUAUCUCCGUGGAGACCAAACCAGACGCAGUUACAGGUCAGAUCUGGUGUUUUUCCAAGUGUUUUUGAGUGAAAAAAAAACACACAAAAAAAACACCUGGAAUUGAAUAAAUGUUUAAAGUCACACUGUGGAACAUUCUGGACAAAAGAGUGACGUUGCCAUAGAAACGAGCAGGUGACGGAGCGGCAAAGCUGAAAAGUUACACAGUGGAG